UUCUCGACGAUGGCGAAUGCGCCUAACCGGUCUCAGCGAGAUCGAUGCUGGGAGUCCAGAGAUGCCUACUUCAGCUGCUUAGACAAGUCUGAUGUCAUUGUGCCCGGCGAUGAGGGCAAGACUUGCUCCAAAGAGAACAAGCACUACGAGAAAGAAUGCGCAAAGAGUUGGGUAGACUACUUCAACAAGCGGAGAGUGCUAGAGGCGAGACAGAAAGCGACGCUGGCGCAGUCUGCGAUCAAUCAGCCCUUGCCUGCCUCGAAAUGAGAUCGGCCGGUCUCGAGGUCAGAUGAAGCGCUCAAUGAUCUCGCGAAGGGUGUGUAUGUAGGUGUGCAUGCAUGCAGAUAUCAUCAGUGCAUCCUCUGAAGCUCGUCCACCAGCCGAUAGAGAUCUUCGGCAGUCGUAUUCGUCAGAGCGGAGUGCUCCGAUGCGCCUUGCAGGA